UGCGUUAUUGUGUUCGGAUAUCGUCGUUGUAAUGGAAUAUUUGGUUGUUAAAAAAAAAAUAAUGGCAUAUUUGAGGGCGAUGAAUAUCGACCGUGAAACAGACCAAAAGUAGACAAAAAGAAGUGAAGAGGGUCGUCUGAAAGUCAGCUGCUAAGGUCAAACAAGCGAUGGGGUUGCACCAGCAGAAGGUAAACAAAAAGACACUCAAACGUUGUCCAGAAGCUCACCUCUCUGCUUUACAAACCUGUCAUUCCGAUAACAUUGUCCAAAGAGCUUACCUCUUAUCUCUCACGUCUCUCAGAGUGCCACAACGAACAUGCAAGCAAUGUUGUCCAAGCUUUGCUUAUUGCUUUUACUGUUUGGAAGCACCAUCGGCACUACUCCUUCCUCGUUCGACUCGAUCAAUGAAGGGUAUCGGAAUUGGGUGAGACAGAUGGGUUCGGGUUCGGGUUCGGGUUCGGGUUCGGGCUCAUCUUUCUAUGGUUCUCUGUUCAAGAAGGCCAAGAACAGGCUCAAGCCGUGCUUGAGGCUGAGAGUGAGCAAGAAACCGAGGUCAGGAGGAUUUGCUUCGGUGGGAGCAGCUCUUCGUUCAGUGCCGAUAGUCAAUACUUGCCGGGUGGUGAUCUCCAUUAGUGCAGGAACUUACAGAGAGAAAGUUGAGAUCCCAGCAACCAUGGCUUAUGUGACCGUGAAAGGAGCAGGCGCGGACAAGACGGUCGUAGAGUGGGGCGACACAGCAGACAGAAUCGGACCCAAUGGUCGCCCACUGGGCACGUUCGCUUCGGCCACAUUCGCUGUCGACUCUCCCUUCUUCAUUGCCAAGAACAUCACCUUCAAGAACAAAGCCCCAUUGCCCGCGUCGGGAGCGCUAGGAAAGCAGGCGGUGGCGCUCCGCAUCUCCGCGGACUCGGCGGCCUUCGUGGGAUGCCAUUUCAUUGGCUCACAGGACACGCUCUACGACCACGUGGGAAGGCAUUACUUCAGGGACUGCUACGUCGAGGGGUCCGUGGACUUCGUGUUCGGGAACGGCUUGUCGUUCUACUGGGGCUGCCAUCUGCACGCCGUGAGCGAUAGCUACGGAGCCGUGACAGCGCAGAAGAGGGAGAGCCUGCUGGAGGAGACGGGGUUCUCGUUCAUGGGGUGCAAGGUGACGGGGUCGGGCGCGCUGUUCCUCGGCCGAGCGUGGGGCACUUUCUCCCGGGUGGUCUUCGCGCACACCUACAUGGAUCGGAUCAUCACCCCGAAAGGAUGGUACGACUGGGGCGACAAGAACAGAGACAUGACGGUGUUUUACGGGCAAUACAAGUGCAUGGGACCGGGGGCUUCGUUCGGCGGGCGAGUACCGUGGUCGAGGGAGCUCACUCCUGAAGAGGCCAAGCCCUUCGUUUCCCUCGACUUCAUCGAUGCCCGCGAUUGGCUCUCUCCUGGUCUGGCCAAAUCUUGAAUGCUCUCGUCUUGCUUUUUCUUCUUUCUUUUCAUUUUUUUCGCCUGUCGACUGUUCUGCCGAUCGUGCACGAUGAUCUCGAUGUGUCGGAUUCGUCAACGACUGCUUGUUCCCCAUCAAUGCGAGAGCUACGUAUCUCUCUCUC